UUUCUCUUUAGAUAUUGUAAAUAAAUUAUUAAAUUAAAACCAAAAUGAAAAAUAUUUUAAUCGGUUGCACAGGAAGUGUAGCCACAAUCAAAUUACCAAUUUUAGUCAAUAAGCUACUAGAAUCUGGUCAGCCACUUCAGACAAAAGUAAUCGUCACCAACAACGCAAAACAUUUCUUCGAUGCCAAAGAAAUACCUCCAGAAGUUUCAAUUCUAUCAGAUGAAGACGAAUGGCUCGCUUGGAACAAACGUGGAGACCCAGUAAUUCACAUAGAUUUAGGGAAAUGGGCUGAUUUGAUGGUUAUUGCUCCACUCAAUGCGAACUCCUUGGCAAAAAUUUCAACUGGAAUUUGCGAUAACUUGCUUAUGUGUACAGUAAGAGCUUGGGACUUUUCUAAACCAUUGAUAUUUUGUCCAGCGAUGAACACUCGUAUGUAUGAUCAUCCCCUUACAGGAGAACAAAUAACAAAAUUGAAAAGUUGGGGUUACAUAGAAGUUGCUACUAUUUCUAAAACACUCAUGUGUGGUGAUACUGGCAAUGGUGCUAUGGCUGAGGUAGAUACUAUUGUUAAAACAAUUCUGGAUAAAUUAUGUUAAGGCAUUUCGUACAUAUUGUUUGUAAUUUUUAAAUUGAAUAUAAACAUUUCUAAAAAUA